AAAACAAGAGUUGGUUAAAAACAUUGUUGGUUCGCGGAUCUCUAACUUUGAAAAAGUCGUAUUUUUUCCUUGUAUUGAUAGUGUUGUAUUCACCUGUUUUUUUCGCAUCUGUAAGUUUCCUGAUUUUUUAAACUGAGAGAUACAUCAUACCUUUUCUGUUUCUCAGUAUAGCUAUAAGCAACACUAAACACAACAGGACAUAGAAUCAUGCAGCAAAGACCUGGACAACCGUCAUGUUUCGAUCGAAUGAAAAUGGGAUUCAUGAUUGGUUUUGCUGUCGGAAUUAGUUCUGCUGGAUUAUUUGGAACUUACUCUGCUUUAAGGAUGGGAUUGAGAGGAAGAGAGUUAUUAUCUAGUGUUGGAAAAGUCAUGCUACAAGGUGGUGGCACUUUUGGUACUUUUAUGUGCAUUGGGACAGCAAUCAGAUGUUAACAUGAUGUAUAAACCAUACAACUUUGAUAAUUUAUAGUCUAUAGGGUGUAUAGUCUAUAGGUGUGUAAAAAGGACGUUAUUUUUAUCGAGUAAAAUUUUGAUAAAUAAAAAUAUUAGAGUA